AAUUAGAUAAAGAUGGAUCAGGGAUUAGACGAGUGUGCUGAAAGUAAGACGACAUUAGAGGAGAUAAAUUCCGAAGUAAAAAAUCAGGCCACAAGAUUGAUGAUAAGUGCUUUGCUGGAAGAUUCAGUGGAUCAGCUUGCAAUAGUAUCCGUCACCUUGGGAAAGUCAGCUGAGCCCCAUAUGAAUAUGAAAAACCGACCUCUGAUAGAUAUUCUCCGGGAGCAGGAGGAGAAGAAGAAUACGGGAGGGACCGGAGAUAAACCCCAAUCUGACGGAGCAGAGAGUAAAGACUAUAAACAACUCCACACCGAGACGGAGUACGUUAAAAUGGUGCUACAGGAGACUAUAAGAGAUAUAGGGAGGACAGGAGAUCCUGUAAGAAUGUAUGAGAGUAUAUCUAUGUAUGAAAGAAGAAUAAAAGAGAAAGAAGAAAUUAUUCUCCAAGAAGAAAGAAUACAAAGCAAGAUAAAGGAGAUGAGAAAGGAGUUGAAGGAGUUGACCUUGAACGAGGUGAAGCUGAAAAAGACCGAAAUGAGAAAGAUUUCUGAUCUCAAGGAUUGUCUGCUGGAUACCAAGCGGAGGGUCGGAAGUGAGAAAAUAUUUAUCACAAGGCAGGAGAAGGUUCGGGAGGAGACCUGGAAGGAGAGGUUGAGGAAGGACGAGGAAGAGCUCGGCAGAACAGUUAGAAACUUCGAGAUAGGAAUACAACAAGAGGAUAGAGUUCAUCAGGAGAUUGAAAACUUUCUCAGAGAACAACAGGAAGAGUUAAAGGAGAAAAAACUUGAAUGGGAAGAAAUCUACGAAAAAGAUACGAAGGCCAGGAAGGCUGAGCUGAAAAGUUUGGAGGUUAACAAAGCUGACACAACCAGAAGACUUCAAGAGCAGCGUCAAAAAUUAGCUGAAGUUAAGGAGUUUGUAGAGGGUGUGAGAAGAGAGGAGGAAAGAAGACUGAGGGAGGAGGAGGAGGAGAAAAGAAGAGACAUAGGGUCAAGGAAAAUACAGGCUUGGUGGCGAGGUGAGAUGGUUCGAAGAUGUCUGGGUAGUUACAGAAAACGAAAAGAUCUUAAAUCAAAAGUUCUCAAAAUAAAAAAGCUUCGAAGUCAUGUUUAAAAACUAGUUUACGGCUCAAAGGAAAUAUGAAUGCAAAAAAAUUAUAAUUAUUUGUUUGUAGCUCUGUUUUUAACCCUCGUCUGUUUGUGGCUCUGUAUUUAACCCUCGUCUGUUUGUAGCUCUGUAUUUAACCCUCGUCUGUUUGUAGCUCUGUAUUUAACCCUCAUCUGUUUACAGCUCUGUAUUUAACCCUCGUCUGUUUCUAGCUCUGUAUUUAACCCUCGUCUGUUUGUAUCUCUGUAUUUAACCCUCGUCUGUUUGUAGCUCUGUAUUUAACCCUCAUCUGUUUGCAGCUCUGUAUUUAACCCUCGUCUGUUUGUAGCUCUGAAUUUAACCCUCGUCUGUUUGUAGCUCUGUAUUUAACCCUCGUCUGUUUAUAGCUCUGUAUUUAACCCUCGUCUGUUUGUGGCUCUGUAUUUAACCCUCUGUUACGCGAGCCAUGCUGCGUGUAGAAAGUCUGU